AUGGAUUGUCGAAGAUGCGAUGCCGUCAGUCCAUCAGAACUAUGCUCAAAGGAAUCUAGUAGGUGUGUUCCUGUUGCACUAGAACGCAGAGAACAAGAUGGUCGAAUCGAAUUGAAUAAACGAGUUUGUCGAUCUGGAAUUCAGUACGGAGAUUCAGUCGUAGCGAGCGUCAGCAUGGAGGAUGGAGAAAAACGGUCCGGACGCAGCAACAUCCUGCAACGGAUAGAAUGA